AUGUUAAGAAAGUUAAACCGUGAAAGGCGUGAGUACCUUUACCGCAAGUCACAAGAACUACAAGAUUCACAGUUACACCAGAAGCGUCAACUUAUCAAACAAGCUCUGGCACAGGGAAAACCUUUACCAAAAGAGAUUGCUGAUGACCAAAAGUUAUUGACUGACUUCCAAUAUGACGAAACAGCUGAAGAGGCAAUAGACGAUGAAUACAGUGCCACAAGUGGACUGGUAGAUGCACGGAUUAUUGUUACCACAUCUAGGGACCCUUCUAGUAGAUUAUCCCAAGUUGCAAAGGAAAUAAAGCUUUUAUUCCCAACGGCUCUGAGACUCAAUAGAGGUAACUAUAUUAUGAAAAACUUGGCAGAUGCAUGCCGAAAAUCAGGUACUUCGGAUCUAAUAGUGUUGCAUGAACAUCGAGGUGUUCCUACUUCGUUGACUGUUUCGCAUUUUCCUCAUGGCCCCACCGCAUACUUCACGCUUCAUAACGUUGUGCUGAGGCAUGACAUCCUAAACGUUGGUAAUCAGAGUGAGGUCCAUCCCCACCUUAUUUUUGAUAAUUUCACAACGCCGUUAGGGAAGCGUGUCGAAAAGAUUCUGAAGAAUUUGUUUCCUGCUGGAGUCAAAAAAGAUAGCCCACGUGUAAUAACAUUUGCGAAUAGAGGCGAUUUUAUUAGUGUACGGCAGCAUGUUUAUGUUAAGACUCGUGAAGGGGUCGAAUUAGCAGAAGUCGGGCCACGCUUCGAGAUGAGACUUUACGAAUUGAAGCUAGGAACUAUAGAAAAUAAAGACGCAGAUGUGGAAUGGCAACUAAGAAGGUUUGUUAGGACGGCAAAUAGGAAGGACUACUUGUAA